GAGGUGAUAUAAGAGCCGGGGCCUGGCCACGUGACCCUUUCUCUCGCGGCCUGUCUCUCUGCGUGCGCCAUGGACACGAGCCGCGUGCAGCCCAUUAAACUGGCCCGAGUCACCAAAGUGCUGGGCCGGACGGGCUCCCAGGGACAGUGCACCCAGGUCCGCGUGGAGUUCAUGGACGACACCAGCCGCUCCAUCAUCCGCAACGUCAAGGGCCCCGUCCGGGAAGGAGACGUCUUGACGCUUCUGGAGUCGGAGCGCGAAGCCCGGAGGUUGCGCUGAGCGACGCUCGCAAAGCCGCCCCAACGGAUUCAGAACUGUCCUGGGUGACCUGCUUGUGAAGUCUGGGUUGCGAUGUUGAAAGCUGGAUGUGACUGAAAUAAAGUUGGUUUGGCUCUCUUAACACAA